UCAACAAACUCAAUUCUUCCACAUCCUCUCGGACCUCUCCUCUCCAUUGUUAUGGCAAUAUUCCUUCACAGAAUCACAAUAUGGAGGCUAAACCAAGCCAAGGCCUUUACCCACUACACCGUUGUAAAACCAUACAUCUGGUGAGGCAUGCUCAAGGGGUUCACAAUGUAGAAGGAGAGAAGAACUUUGAUGCUUACUUAUCUGAGGAUUUCUUUGAUGCCAAUCUUACACCUCUCGGAUGGCAACAAGUUGAUAAUCUACACAAGCGUGUUAAGACAAGUGGGAUAUCCAAGAGGAUUGAGUUGGUCGUUGUGUCUCCUCUCCUCAAGACUUUGCAAACUGCCGUUGGAACUUUUAGUGGGGAAUACAAAGAUGGUGUUGAUGCACCUCCGCUUAUGAUCGCAGGUGCAGGAAACAGCGAUCGUCAUGCUAUUGGGAGCUUAAAUUGUCCACCGUUCAUUGCAGUUGAAUCUUGCAGAGAGUAUUUGGGUGUUCAUCCUUGUGACAGAAGAAGCAAUAUCACCAAGUACCGCGAGUUAUUUCCUGCAGUUGAUUUUUCAUUGGCGAGUACCUAGUUUGUAGAA